UGGGGGUCAUUUUCGGGUCAUCGUCGGGGACGUUCGCGCCAGAUUUUAAAAGCGAGCGCUUUUGUGAGAGGAACACCGGCGUCUGAAGAAUCCCCAAAAUGCCACUUUUGGGGAAAAAACUUUACAUUCCAAAGGGCCUAUCGAAGACAGUAACCUUGGCUGAGCCGUAUUUUCUCAUUCCAUUCACCAACGAAGUGUUUGCAAGCAAACUUGACUAUGACAACCAACUUGAGGUGUAUGCUAAGUCACUGUGGACAUGCCAGUGCACAGGGCAGACCGGCCUGACCUUUGAGGAAGCACAAAGGUCGGAGGUCAUCGCCAGACAACGUCUUCAUGGUUUUCCGGCCCAGUUUGAGAAACCUAUUCUGCAGCAUGUGCAUCACAGUGCAAGUUCAUUUGAAAGCCUGGUGCAGGAGACUACACAUAUCCUCAAUUCAACCUUUGCUCUUGGAGAGAAGGUCGAGCUCAAGGUCAAAGUGAAGGGUCGAUUAUUCAGAGGGGAUAUUGUCAAAAUAGAACGAGACAGCUCAUCUGGGGUAGCAAGUGUCAGUGGUUCGCCCUCUAGUGACAAGGAGAACCAUGGAAACUCGUCUGAUGAGGGACUAUCAUCCAAGACCAAGAAGAAGAACCAAAGCCUGUUAUACAGGUACAGCAUCCAGCUGGAGAAUGAGGAGAAAAUUAUCAGCUCGAUUCCUGGCUCUGAUCUUAUACGUUGCACCCCACUGCCACCGAGAGAUCUCUUGGAAAUCUUUAUACGAAGCAGCGCUCUUCAAGCAGGCAACAAACCAAACAGUCCAUGGAUCGUUCACGAUGAUCUGGUCAGGAAGCACGCCCUCGUUGGUCGACUUAUUCCAUCCCUUCUUUCCCCAACAAGGAUAUCUGCAACGGGUCUUAAGCUUGCCGUCAAACGCGAGUCGGCAGCAAACCAGCAACCGGAGACACCAUUAAAGAGGCAGAAAUCAACAAUCAGGGAGGGACCAAACCCCACUGUCCAGAUCACGCCACUUCAGUUUACCCCUUCACCGGAAAAGAUCUUUUUGGAUCACUCGUAUAGUUCACCUCCUCAUAAACAGAAUGCCUCAGCGAAGCGAUCAUCAAGCAAAUCGCCUAAAAAGAUGACCCCCUCCCUGGAUAAGAAAGACAAAAAGAAGGACAGGAAGGCUAAAGAAGGGUCAAAGAAAGAAAAGGAUGUUAAGGAGAAGAAGGAAAAGAAGGAGAGGAAAAAGGAUCGAGAAAAGAAAGCUAAGAAGAGGAAACAUUCCGAGGAAGAAAAGUCUUCCUCAGAAUCGAAGGACAAGAAGCAGAAAUUGAAUAGUGGAAGGACUAAGCACAAAUCAAGCAAAGACAGCGAUGAUGAGGAUGAUUUUGUUUUAAGCAAAUUAGUGUCUCAGAUUAAAUCGCCAAGUAAAUCGGCGAGCAAGAGUAAAACGCCAACAUCGAACUCCAAGAAGACUUCACCAACUAAGUCUCCAAAGAAGUCUGAGAAAAAGACUCCCGCGAAAAGGAAGUUAACAGAUCAUUUUAAACCCAUGCCAAAAAGUGACUCCUCUGGAAAGGAUAGUGAAGUUGGUGAGAGCCAAGAGAAGGUUGGAGACAGUGAAAAGAAAAGAAGUGCAAGUCCUGUUAAGGAGGUCAAGACUGAAGCACAAAAGACCACAAAGAAUGAUGUCCCAAAAGAAAGUGUAAAGAAAGUGGUUGCGGAGAAGAAGACGGCGACCCCAAGGAAGAAGAUUAGUGUAAAGACUGCGAAAGUGAAAGUUGUUGCAAAGAAACUAACCACUUUGUCAUCAAAGGAGGAGGUCAAAGUCAGCUCCACACCUAAAAAAGAAACUGCCACAUCUAAAAAGCAGGUGGCCACGCCUAAAAAGGAAGCAACCACGCCCAAAAAGGGAAUGGCUACACCUAAGAAGGAAACCCCAAGGAAAGCAACCCCAAGGAAAUCCAGUCCAGUGAAGAGUGUCUCUGGCAAGACGGCCACGCCUAAGAAGGCUUUGGCAACACCCAAAAAAGCUGCGGCCACGCCCAAGAAAGAUGUGGCCACUCCCAAGAAAGCCGCGGCCACGCCCAAGAAAACACCAAAGAAAGCGCCUCUGAAGAAGACUCCUGCUAAGAAAACCUUAGCAGUCAAGCUCAAGAAGACUAAUGUCAAGGCUUCACCCAAGGCUUCUCCUAGGGCUUCUCCGAAGAAGACACCUGUCAAGGCUGCAGCCAAGGCCACGCCAACCAAGAAAACUCCUGUUAAAAAGACUACCUCACCGACCAAAGCUUCAAAGUCUCCUGCAGCAUCAGCAAAGAAACACCUGAAGCAGGCAACGCUCUUCGAUAUCACCAAGACGCAAUCUGGGCAGAAGAAGCCGAUCUAUGACAAAGAUAACUCACAGAUUCGGGAUCGUCUCUCACAGACAGUAUCAAGCCCAAAGCAGCCACCUAUCGCAAUAAAACUACUCAGGGCCAAGAAGUUAAAUGAUAAGCCGACGUACAGCGCUCUACUCUUGAAAGCAGCCAAGAUUCUCUCUGAGAAGGAGUGUCAGAAUCUUAGAUCGGAGAUCAAAUACGAUGUUUGGCAGAAGUUCUGUAAAAUCAAGGAGAUGAGGCGAUGGAAGCAGAUGACUCCAGAGGAACGACAGAAGGAGCUGGAUGCAAAGAAAGAGGAGAGGAAGAAGCUGAAGGCAGAGAGAAAGAAGAGGGAAAAUGAGAGGAAAAGGGAAAAGAGGAUGGAGGAGAGGAAACUCAGGAUGGAAGAGGCGAAGCGUUUUGAGGACCAGGACUUAGACCUGUUACCCCUCCCGGUCCCGAAGCCUGUUCCGAUGCCUGAUGGGAUACCAAACCCUCUCUUUGGUGACUUGGCAAUGGUUGUUGAAUUCCUUGAUUGUUUCAACGGUCUCCUCAUGCCCAACGAUCCCUACCCAGUCACUGCAGAUUCUCUGAUGAAAGCUCUCGUUUGUGGAAAGGAAGGUUUUGCUUAUCUUGCCAGGGUUCUUGUUAUACUACUGAAGACACUUCUUCAGGAUAAAAUCGCUGAGGAUUACACAGAACUGGACAUAUCUCUUUCCGAGAUUCCAGUCAAUAUGCAUACGUGCAGCGAGCUGCUCCGCUUGAGUCUGCGAAAGUCUGACGAGUUUGAUACAAGUGAUGAUGAUCUGAGUAGUAAGUGCAGCAGUGACAUCAAAGACAACGAUGACGUCGAUGUGCCUCAAGAUCUGAUUGAACAAUUGGAAUCUUGCGAAUUCUUUGAGUUGGAACCGACAGAGAAAUUGACGAUCAUGGUUUGCUUAUGUCAUCGAAUCCUGGCCUCUUACGCCGUCAUUGAAUUCAUGGACGAGAAACAGCGCCAGGCAGCAACUCUAUGGAAUGAUAGGGUCAAGACUCAGAUGGAGAAGAAUAAGCUGAAGAAAGAAGAGCAGAAGAAACUGAAGGAAGAGCAGAAGAAACUGAAGGAAGAGCGAGAGGUGGAGAAGCAGAAGAAAGAAGAGGAGAAAGCAAAAGCAGCGGCUGAGAAGAAUGAAGAUAGUGAAGAAAAACAAGAUGCGUCUUAUAAGCCAGCUUCCAAGGCCAGCAAGAAGCCGAAAGUAGAACCAAAGAAAGAGGAAGAGGAGUGUCUGGACCUUGCUUCUGUAGUCAAGAGGAGACGACUCCUUGCAGCAAAAACCAAAGCAGAGAAAGAGGUCCAAGAAAAGAUCGAAAAGGAGAGACGUUUGAAAGAACAAGAGGAACUCAGGAAGCAGAAGGAAGAGGAGCAGUUUGAAAAGACAUUUAAGGAGGGAAUGGACUCUGCCAAACUGGUCUUACGCAAACAACCGAUCGGCUACGACAGGAAUCACAGUCGAUACUGGAUCUUCUCUUCAGUCGUCCCUGGACUAUUCGUAGAGAAGGGGUGGGCCGCAAAGGACAUGGACUAUUCCAUCGCUCAGUCCGAUUGCGAGACUAACGAUGAUGACGAUGAUGCGAUGGAGGUCGAUGAGGGUUCAGGAGACGAGGAGAAACCGGUUUGGAAAGAGAAAACCGUUCCAAAGAUUGGUCAGAAUAUGUGGUUCCAGUAUGACACCGUCAAGGAAUUAGAAAACUUACAGACGAUUCUAGACAACAGAGGAAUUCGAGAAAGCGCCCUCUUUGCUGAGAUUAAGAAACAUUACAGCGAGUAUUCAAAACUUGUCAUAGCUGCUCGGAGGUCUAGUCAACAACUUCGUGAUUCUGAUGGUCCCAGGGAACUCCUAGACUCCUUCAAAGAAGAUCUUAAGGACAUAGAGACUCACAUCAGACAGGGGAACCUUGGAGGGGUCACCAAGUUUGAAAAGUGGGAGAAACAGCUGGACAAUGCUACCAAGCUAAAGGAACUGAAACCACUCUUGAUUGAGAGUCAGGCUUGCGUGAAUCUGAAGUUCCUUCAAGGCAAGAUGGCUCCCACCAAACCUAAACCUAAGAUUGGAUACCAUUAUGAAGAUGAAGACGGAAACCAAGAAGAAGACGAGAAACCAAGCGAGUCUGAGAAAGUCGUGAAGUGGCGUGAGCUUGUCAACAAAGCUACCACUCUUUCGCGCCUCCACGUCCUACUCUGCAUCUACGAGAUCUCCGUCAAGUGGGAGAAGUCGGCCGCGAACGCGAAGUGCAAGAUCUGCAGACGGAAAGGGAACGAGGAUAAGGUCAUUAUGUGUGAUAAGUGUAAUCAGCCAUUCCAUCUGUUCUGCCUACGUCCUGCUCUGGCUGACUUCCCCACUGGAGAAUGGAUGUGUCCAGCAUGUGCACCUAGCACAGUGCGAGCCGUGAGGAACCGAAAUUACGCUGAGAUGGAAUCCGAAAGCUCGGAGGAAGAAGAGGAGGAAGAUAGUGAGGAGGACGAGUCUGAUGAUGAUUCCGAUUACCAUAAUCCAAACUUUAAGAGGUCAUUGCGAGGGGUCAAUGCAGGAUUGCGCAAGACGAGGGCGCGUCAGAGGGAAAGAAAAAGGGUGUCGCAGAGUAAAUCCACGAGAGGUCGGACCCGACAGCAGGCUAAAAAACAGCCAGCUGCGAAGGCCCCUCCUCCGAAGCGAUUACCUAAACUAGACAUUGAGGCAGCGGAUGGUGUGAUAUCCAAGAUGUUAAAAUACCGAGACAGCAAACCACUCAGACAACCACCUACUAAAUCUGAGGUUCCAAACUACAAGAAGUUGAUCAAGAAUCCAAUGGACCUUCAGGUUAUGAAAACGAAAUGUGAGAGCGAGGAUUACUCUAGGUAUCAUCAGUUCUUUGAUGAUGUGCAGCUGAUGUUCAGUAAUGCUACCAAGAUGUAUGAUGACAACUACGUCCUACAGCAAGUCCAGAAGACCAAAGAUUACUUCUCAAACUUGAUCAAGUGGCAUCUAUCGGCAGGUCGUGACCUUUGGCAGAAAUAUCUAGAAGAAGAGGAGGAAGAAGAAGAGGAGGAAGAAGAAGAAGAGGAAGAAGAGGAGGAGGAAGAAGAGGAGGAAGACAGGGAUCAGAACCACUACACCAUGGCACCUCCAGAUCACUCUGCACGAGGGGAUAUCUGA